UUAGCUCAAAGCUAAACCUUCGAUGAAUAAGAUGGCGAAAAGGAAAAAAAAGAUGACGAGUAUGGUACACUUCAGGAUGAAUGAACCGAAGGAUUCACCUUUGUGGAGAGAACAGGUUCUGCGAUGUGUCAAAUUUGCAAUGACAAAAUACCACCAACGAAACGGUUAGAAUGCAAAGCGGCACUUUGACACGCCACAUGCUACGUUCGCAUCAAAAUACUCUGCGAGAGACAGCAGAAAGGAAGCAUGCAAGCUACUGAGCAAGGUGCAAGCUAGCCAGCAGCAACUUCGCGUAUGGACCCGGCAAGCUGACUUUCAUUUCGAUAGUUUUGCUGGAUUUUUAGCAGUCGUGAGGAACGGAAAACCAUUCACGCCGAUAAACGCAAAGUGGGUGACUGACAUUCCCAUGGACAGCUGGAUGACUCGCAUGCCGGCGGACCUGCUCGACACCCCGCUUUACCACUUGGCCAUUCCGGGCAGCCACAACACGAUCACAUACGCUUUGGAUAAACACCAUAAAUCUCCCAUUGACGUGACCCAACCUGACAUGUUGCAGAAGGCGGACAAAUACGCGAGAGGCCUCAUUCGACCCGUAAUGCACAAGUGGUCCGUAACGCAGGAUGUCACGGUGACAGAGCAGCUGAACAGCGGCAGCCGCUAUUGCGACCUGCGAAUCGCACACAGGCCAAACGACACCUCCACCAGCCUCUACUUCUACCACGGCUUCUACAGCAAGGCCACCGUGGAGAUGAUUCUGCGCGAGAUUCGCACGUGGCUGGAUGCUCAUCCCAAAGAGGUAGUCAUCCUGUCCUUCAGCCACUUCCUGGACCUCGACGACAAGCGCCACAUGCGGCUCGUCACCACCAUUGAAAAUAUCUUCUCAUCCAAACUCUGUCCCAAAAUGGACGUACCAACUCUUCGUAAGCUGUGGCAAUCGGGUCACCAAGUGAUCGUGUCAUACGACAACAAAGCCACGGUUCGCCACCACCACUUCCUUUGGGAUCACAUUCCUUAUCGGUGGGCCAACAAGACCACGGCACAGGAUCUGAUUCACACCUUGGAGAAGGCAAAGCAAAGUGGCAGACCACGAGGCUUUUUUGUCACCGGGAUCAACUUGACGGUGGACCUGCCGUAUAUCACCAAGAAUCUGACAGAGUCUCUGAAGGGUCUGGUGAAGUCCACCAACCCCACGCUGCUUUCGUGGGUCCACGAGCAGACGCCCAGCAGCCACCCGCGCUCGCUCAACAUCGUGGCGGGCGACUUUGUCAGCGAGGGCCGCUUUGCGCAAAUCGUCGUGUCGCUUAACGGCAAACUACUGGGUUAAGAGCACACGUUUGUGCUUCUUAAUGCUGCACCCCAUCCUCAGAAAAGCAGGAAUCACACGUUUUGUGUUCUCGUUAUUCGCAUUGUCAUCUGCUUUUAUUUUGGAGGACAUUUUUGGCUCUCAUUUCAGAAGCUGUACUUCCUGUCCUUGUGUCUCCUGGUUAUGGUGAUUGUCUUCAAUUGUUUUUCCCUGUCCUUUGCUUGUCUUGGUUUCCUGUUGUGUCAUGAAUAUACUUGU